GUAAGAACUUCCUCUUCUACGCCCAGAGCUGGAUGCUCGGGCCCAGGGACCCACCCCCUCCCAGGCAGUGGGUGAAUGCGGGGAGUGGAGUAGGGUCCCCGCCCCGGAAGACUACACUUCCUGGUCCCGAGGAUAAAGCUGGCCCUCCCUGGCCAGCGGGAACACGACCCGUUCUCGCCAUGGGUCACGGUUCGGACCCAGAGAACCCAGAUCGCGUCUCGCAGGCUCCGGUCCGCUCCUGCCGUGCCCUCGACUGGGCUCUGGGGACAGCGCUACUGCUGCUAGCGGGAACCUUGGCAGCUUACACCGCUUACACAGCUCUAGGAGCCAACCGUACCCAACCUCCUGCCUCCGAAGGGCUCUCUGCUCCCCUGAUUUCCGCUCAGGGCCCCUAUGCCCAGCUGGUGAUGAAAAAUGCCUUGGUGCAGAACCAGACGCUGAGCUGGCACAGCGACCCUCAUCUUUCUGGGGUGUUCCUGGACUCAAGAAUGAAGUAUGAUGCUGAUAAAGGAGAGCUGGAGGUUGGGGUCGCUGGGCUUUACUUCAUCUAUGCCCACCUGAAGCUGCAGCAGGUGAUGGUUUCUUCCUACAGUCAGGGCACCGUGGAAGUCUCUGUGGCACGGGGCUCUGAACAUCGAGCCGCCUUGACUCUCUCCCUGGAUGUGGGACCUUCCAGCGCUUCCACUGCCUCCACCUCCCAGUCCUCCCUCAUCUUCCUGGAUCCUGGGGACCGACUCAGGCUCAGCAUGAGCACCACAGCAGGAGACUUCCUGGAUUGGCAGCUGGUGUCAGGGGCCAGUACCUUUGGCCUUUUCUGGGUGGCUGGGGGACAGCCCUUAACUGAAUCUGGGGCAUAUUUAUUGUGACCAAUUAACUGAAACUGUGAUGUCUUCUUUGGAAGAUGGAGGAGGAGUUGGGCAGAAAUGUCCUUGUUUUAUUUAACCUGGGGACCCCCCAUGGUGUGGUUGAGCCUUGGGGAAUCCCCAGCCUAACUGCCAGCAGUUCUCUGCAAGUCCAGACAUGCCUCAGAAAGAGGCAGUAGAGGGCUAUGGGAGCCAUGCUGGUUCUGGGUCCUCACAGUGGGGGUGUCUAAGGAUAGAGAGGCAGAGUAGUCCUGGUUUUGAAUCCAGUUUUUGACAUUUAUUUGCUGUGGGAUACAUAACCUCUCUCAUCCUCAGUUUUCUCAUCUGUAAAAUGGGUAUAAUCCUUGCACUGCCUACUUCAUAGGAUUAUUGAGAGAGAGGUAAUCUAUAUACCUGAAAGCCUUUCAGAAAUAACAAUUUUUAUUUAUUUAUUUAUAUAAUCAUUCCUAGACCAGGGACUGGGACCAAGAAGCUACCUCUUCCCUGCUGGCUUCUAGGGGUGCUGAACUACCUCAUGGGGACCUUCAUGUGAAAUACUUGGAGGUCACCCAUCCUCUCAGUGGCUGAAGAGACUUGGGCAAGAGUUUGCUAGUCUAAAGAACUCCAAGCCAAGGAGGGGAGGGAGAGUGCCAGUCACUGUCUCAUAUCUCCGAUUGUGUAUUUAUUCUGGGCAAGUGCACUUUAAAUUACUUUAUUUAUCACUCUCAUGCCCUGGGGGUGUGUCUGAAAUAAAGACUUAUCCUAAAGACC